AUGGGAAGGAAGCCUGGGAGAUCUGAGAUAGUCGGGAGCAUUGUGAGGCCUGCAUCUGAGAUAGUGGAGAGACCAGACACUAGAGUUUCAGCAUGUGCAUAUGCUAUUCGAGCCAAAGAGGAGCAGGAUGCACUUGAUGUCAUAGUUGGUACAUUUUCUCUCUUUGACUCUGUGGUGCAUGCAUUGAUAGACCCAGGUUCAACUUAUUCUUAUAUGUGCACUACCAUCCCAGUAGAGAGGGGUUUAAGGGUUGAAACCAUUGAGCAGGAUAUCCUAGUUACUAACCCUUUAAGCCAUAGUGUGAUGGUGAAUAAGGUUUAUAAGGGUUGUUCCUUGAGGAUUCAAGAGUAUGAGUUUUUGGCAAACCUUAUCGAGCUGCCUUUUCAUGAGUUUGAUGUGAUAUUGAGGAUGGAUUGGCUGUCACAUCAUUAA